AUGAGCUAUCACCUUUCACUCCUACGCUUGUACAAAUGCUUGGCAUCUGCCUUCCCUACUCUCAGUGUUGACGGAUCAUCAUCAGUGCCACAGAGACCCAAUGACCCUUUCUUCCAACGACACACAGCUCUUGUCGUCAGUAUGGUAUCAAUUCCAUAUGACAAAUCUGAGAACGAGGACAGGUUGAGAGACCUCAGGAGAUACAUUGCGCUAGGAUGCUUACACUAUGAAUGCGACCUCAAGCAUGUGAUUGCAACUCAAACCGCGCAACAUGUGCAAGAAAAUGUCGAUCCUGCAGCCCCAGUCACUGCAGAUGGUACUCCGAAAUGGGAGGAACUCCACCCCGAUUUACCCCCGGAAGUGAAAUUGAUCAUUGGGGAUGAGACGACCCGCCUUCUAGAGGCGCAUUGGAUUCGUCUAUUCCUUCACGUAACCUCAACCAAGUCAGACCACCCUCAUAGUAUUCUCCGUGUCCAUCUACUACCGGAAGACUGGGCAAAUCGUAUUAUCAAUCGCACCAGUCAAAGCCUCAAAUCUGCACUACGGAAGCUUCUCGCUGUAGUUGACAUCUCCUCAAAAUCCUGGCAUGGGGAUUACGCGGAAUCGAAGGUAUGCCACUUCGACCCAUGGGCAGGCGUCGAAGACCGUUCAUUAUUCUAUCUAUUCAAUCAACUGCCCUCGCCUAACCCCCAGCCUCACGUGAUCAAGAAUCGAUUUGCGAGGAACGCAGUCGAGCUUCUACUUGACUUCGCCGAAUCCUCGAGUCUUUCAUCCGAAGAAGACGGAUUCUACGGACUAGAAGGACUGCAGACAAAGCUAUACCCUUAUCAGGCGAGGUCAGCGAGUUUGAUGAUACAACGAGAGGCAUCACCACAAUUGCAACUUGACCCUCGAUUGGAAAUCAGGCGUUCGCCAACGGGUGAAGAAUACUACUUUGGCGCCAGGGAUGGCUCUUUCCUGCAUGAGCCUAAAUUCUACGAAACAAACCGUGGGGGUAUUCUGGCAGAGACCAUGGGCUUGGGUAAAACCAUCAUGUGUUUGUCAGUCAUCCUGGCCACUCGCGGGCAUUUGCCUCAGAUCCCGCCCAUAUACCGACCACCACCCCGGGUGCGCAAUGGAGUUGGGUCUUUAAUAGACAUGGCAGCCAGUACUUUAGGCCGAAAUAGCAUUCCGGCACGGGAUGUUUUAGAGCGGGAAGAGAUUGAUAGAGAUCUCGACUUGACUGGACUAAAGGAUGCUCUCCAGCGAAAUCUGACACACUACGAGAUACCCCCAGAUAUGCCGCGUAUGAACCGGAACACGACGAUUCCACCACCAAGGCAACUGUUCCCAUGUUCAUGCACCAUCGUAGUUGUUCCUCGAAACCUUUUACACCAGUGGCAAUCUGAGAUUCGUAAACAUAUUUCCAAAGACAGUCUCAAGAUCUUGGUAGUCGAUAUAAUUUCCAAACGAGGGAAACCCAAAAACCCGAGUUCCGAGGAGGAUGGAAUGGAAUUUCGGCACGAGCUACCAGGGCCCACAGAACUUAUGAGAUAUGAUGUACUACUUUUCACGCGGCCUCGAUUCGAACAAGAGAUACAAGAUGGUGCAGACGAAAAGGGUCGACGAUCAUGGGCGGGGGCUCCUCUCCAAUGCCAGUGUCCAUAUAUUGGAUCUUCGCGAGUCAGAGACUGCAAUUGCGGGAGAAACGUAUACGAAAGUCCUUUGAAGAAGUGUCAUUUUCUCCGCAUCAUAAUCGACGAAGGCCACAGUUUCUCUUCUUCUGUAUCUAAUGCGGUGUUGGUUGCCAAGCAGAUACAGACUGAGAGACGGUGGGUCGUGUCCGGCACGCCAGCUAAGAACCUUGUUGGUGUCGAAAUGGAUCUAUUGGCAAUGGAGGAAGAAGCGUCUGAUGAGUCUUCACUGCGCGAGAGGGCGAUUGAGCAGAGAAAGACCUUCAGGCCUGACAAUGAGAAUAAAAAAGCAGCGAAAGCUCUCGGUACCCUAGCAUCAAAUUUCCUGAUGGUUCGUCCUUGGAGCGAUUCUUCAGCAGAAGGUAAGCUCGACUGGGAUGAAUAUAUCUACCGACACGAACACCAUUAUCGCAAGACCUACUCUGGAUUCUCCUCGUGUUUUCUUCGCACGUUGCAGGGACUGGUUAUCAAGACCCGACCAGAAGAUGUCAAUCAAGAUAUCCGGUUACCAAGCAUGACGCACCGCGUAGUUUAUCUCAAGCCGUGCUGGUUUGACAAAAUGACUGCAAACUUAUUCAUCCAGGUACUUCGGGCGAAUGCCAUCACCAGUGAGCGAUCAGAUGUCGACUACCUGUUCCACAAAAACAGUGUCAAGGCGAGGCAUAGCUUGAUCCGAAACUUGCGGCAAUCGAACUUCACCUGGACUGGAUUCAGUCUGGAAGAUGUCACUAGUACGCUUGAGACCAGUCGCAAAUACUUGGACAAAGCGGAGAAAGAAUGCUCUGUCUCCGAUGCGCAAUUACUCCUGGAAAGUAGCUCAAUCGUCGCAGAACUGACCAAGUCUGAAAGCUGGAUUGCGCUAAGCACAGCCCAUGAAGUUGGUAUGGCUGUGCAAAAUUUCCCCAAAGACUGCGAGAAGAGUUUCUCGUUGGCAUACCCUGAUCAACCUUCGAUGAUCGGGAUUACCCAAUUGCUCGAUGGUCAGCUUCAUAUUGAUUCACACAUUCUAUCCGAAAACCCUUCGAAGGGUCUAGAUGCAGUUGGACAAGCAGCAAAGGCGAAAAUUGCUGCAAUUGCAGAAGCGGAAGACGGAACUAAAGAGACAAAGGACAAAGCAAAAGGUGACAUUCAGUUGGUAAAGGCUGGUGUUCCUUCAUCGUGUGUUGGAUCGCAACCCGUCACAAGCCGCCGGGCAGCUGUGACUGCCCCUCGAAUCUCCCCUACAAAAGCAACAACAUCUAACAAAAAUACCAAACUUACACUCAACACCAAGCAGCACACUCCAAAGCUCACGAAGGAAGUUGAAGAAAUUCAAAAGAGCACCCCAGUAUCUCCGAUUAGGCCGAGGAAGCGCAGGCUUACCCUUUCCGAUGAGAUGGCCCAGUUACCCAAUGGCUCGCCGCUUCGAGAAACGCGGGUGGUGGGAACUACAUCUGCGAAACUGUCCUAUCUGAUCACCAAGGUGGUGCAGCAUCAAGCCACCGAGAAGAUCAUCAUCUUCUACGAUGGGGACAAUGCGGCUUUCUACAUUGCCCAGUGCCUCGAGAUGCUCUACAUCAAUCACCGGAUUUAUGCACGGACACUGGACAACACCAGACGAUCGGAAUAUGUUGGGCUUUUCAACGAGAACCCUGACAUCCGCGUGUUACUUAUCGAUGUCGCAUGUGGUGCCCUGGGGCUCAAUCUCAAUGCAGCCAGCGUAGUAUUGAUUGUCAACCCAAUCAACCGCCCAGAAAUCCAGGCGCAGGCUAUCAAACGAGCCCAUCGCAUCGGACAAACAAAAGAGGUGCUUGUUGAGACGCUGGUACUCGAAGGAACGAUGGAAGAAGCGAUUUUCAACCGCGCAAAGAACAUGUCGCGGCAGCAACACCAGGAAGCGAAAGAACUCGAGGACGAUGAAGGAAUCACAGAGAUUAUUCAAAACGCUAAGAUUCUGGCGAUUGAGCCCGGAGAGGAUGAAGGGGCUGGCAAAUUUGCGCCGCUUCAAAUACCUCAGCAGGUAUUUGGCAGGCCGGGCAGAGAAAAAUACCAUCGGUUCGGAGUUGUAGAAGAGAAAGAGAAAGCGAAAAAGAAGCCAAAGACGUCGAACAUUUCGAAGUCAACCAUCGAGGAGGCUGCGAAUGGUGCCGCAGACAAUGGCGAUGGACCCAUUGUGGAUCCUAGUCCUAGACUUUGGUCGUCGCAGGCCGUUACGCAAUCUGGCCCAGCUAUUUCAAGCACUGGCGUGUUUAGCAUCUUUGGCGGCGACCUCGAAUAA